AUGGAAGUCCCAGCAGGCAGACGGACAAGGACCUGGAGGCAGGCCACCCUGGGUUCCAGCAUCUUGUUGCUCCUCUCUGUUACUGGGCUCAGUCAACCGGCCACAGAGAAGAUUAUCAAAGGCAAGGAGUGUGCCCGUCACUCGCAGCCUUGGCAGGUGGGGCUGUUUGAGGGCACCCGCCUGCGCUGUGGGGGGGUCCUCAUUGACCGCAGGUGGGUCCUCACAGCGGCUCACUGCAGUGGCAGCAGGUACUGGGUGCGCCUGGGGGAGCACAGCCUCACCAGGCUGGACUGGACGGAGCAGAUCCGGCGCAGCGGCUUCUCCAUGACCCACCCUGGCUACCAGGGAGCCCUGCAUAACCAUGACAAUGACCUCCGGCUCCUGCGACUGGGCACCCCCGUCCCUUUGACUCGCAGCAUCCAGCCCCUGCCCCUGCCCACCACCUGUGCAGCGGCCGGCACCAAGUGCCAGAUCUCAGGCUGGGGCAUCACCAAUCAACUAUGGAACCCAUUCCCGGACCUGCUGCAAUGCCUCAAUGUCUCCAUCGUUUCCAGUGCCACCUGCCGGGCUGUGUUCCCCGGGAGAAUCACGGACAACAUGGUGUGUGCCAGCGGCACGGAAGGGGCGGACGCCUGCCAGGGCGACUCUGGGGGCCCCCUGGUGUGCGGAGGAGUCCUUCAGGGUCUGGUGUCCUGGGGGACCGUGGAGCCUUGCGGGCAAGAAGGCAUCCCAGGGGUCUACACCAAUGUUUGCAAAUAUGUGGACUGGAUCCGGAUGGUCAUGAGGAACAACUAA